UCGGGAGCCAAGGAGGCGGAUCUCAGCGCCGGCGCGCAAAGGCAGGAGGACCACGAGCAGCAUCCCAGGCAGCUCAGCCAAGAAGACUCCGGCAGGAGAGGCCGAGGAAAGGAUGGAGAGGAGAAGCCGGGGAGCUGCAGAUGCCCACAAAGCAACUGCCUCCCUGAAGAAAGUUGUCGUGUUUCAUAACCAAAGGAACCCUAAUUGGGAAAUUGAUUGAAAGGCAAUAAGAAGUUUCCUGAGCUGGUGGGGAAGGAAAAUCUCGUGAGAUGUCUCCUUUUGUAGCUGCUUUCAAACUGAGUCCUUGAUUGGGAAGCCAUACAUAUAUUUGCAAGUGGAUGCUCUCUCCCAGGGCUCUCAUUAAUGGAACAGGGUCAGUUUCUGGGCUGAUCUGAAAUCUAUUUGAAACAACUAAACAGAUACGUUUCUAAUGCAGGAGUCUUAGGAGCAGACCAAGGGAGAAUUACAGUGGAUGCUCCCAGACAGCCAGCUGAACUCCUCCAAGAAAAGAUAUGGAAAGGAAUCAAAGCACCAUGCUCUUCAAAAUCAAACUCUUGCUUAUUUGUUUGCAACACUGAAAAGGGGAAAAUACUCUCUGUUUUUGUAAACAAACCCACAUAGAUUCUCCUCAUUUUUCAAGGGACUGAACAUUGAUGCCAACUCUACAGAGUUUCAUCUCCCCAGGAGACAUUGGGCACUGUGAUUCUACAAGUAUCUUGAAGUACCGUUCUCAGGAUUCACUGAGUUGGAGCCAUGUUAAUUAAACUAGUGUAAAUCUGCCUUAAGACUGUCGUUUUUUUAAAAAAAAUAAAUCUAAAUGUCAGCAAAGGAACGUUGCUGAAUUUUUGGACACAAGAACGCAAGCCCCAAAGAUGGAAGAUACAGAGAAAGCAAUUCAGAUGGAGAGCCCUCAAAAACCAGAAACUCUAGACGGGUCAAAGUUUGCCGUUGCAAACCAGAGCCCAGCCAAAAAGGCCUCAGUCUUUUGUUUUAAGAAAAGGAAGAAGUCCUGUGAAAAGGCUGCAGAGAAGGAGGAAGAUGGUGAAGCUGAAACACUUACUUCAAAGCCUAUAAGCCAAGAUUCAAACACGGGAAGUAGCGAAGCAGAGCUAUCAGGUUCCUUAUGGACAUCAGGAGGAGCUUGGUUGGCCUUCAAACGCCUGGUGACUUCAAGGAGACGUUCCAAGUCUGUCCUAAAGAAACAACAACAGUCGGGAGGUUCCCGUGUCCAGCUGGAGACACAAGCGGAAGACUCAGGGGUGCUGCCUUGCCCAAAAGAACGAGCCGGACUUAAAAUCCCCUGCUUGAGGUUCUCCAGAAGCCGGAAGAAGGCCACCAAUUGUGAGCUAUCCGAAGAGCUGGAUCAUGGAGAGAAAACAAAUGAAAAGACAAGUAUUUUGAAUGACCAAAGUAACUGUGAGGAACCAGAGGUUCUGGCUCUGGAGGGUCCACUGAGUGCCCAACAGUCCUCCUCCAGCGAAGCUCUUGAGGAGAGAAAGGGUGAUACUGACAUUGUUAAAAAUGGGGGCAAUGUGGUCAACUCAAGUACGGAUAAAGUCUUUGCAGUAGAGAUGAGUCCUGGUCCCGAUUGUUAUGCAGACUGUAUGGUUCAGUCUGAAAUCAUCCACUCUGAGAAGGUCCUCGAAACCGAAGAGGAGAAGCAAAUCUUCCAGUUGCACCAGGGCAGCCUCUAUGGAGAACCAGAAGAAGCGGAAAACAAGAGAUUUGAUUUCAAGGUUGAGAUAGGCCCUCCCAUUCCUGAUGUCUUGCCAGGAGCUGAACUUGGAGUCUUCAAAACAGAGGAGGUCAAAGAAGCAGAGUUGGGGAAGGAAGUUGACGCUGCUGCGAAUGGAAGCAGUGCCAAGGAGGGAAACUCUGUUGAAGUGAUGCUACAUUGCAGCCCAUCUGCACUGGGAGAGGAGACCUCAGAUGCGCCAGUCGGUUCCAAUGAAGAAACAAAAGAAAAUAAACCUGUCGUGCCAGGAGCGGGCAUCGUGAUCAUGAUCACAGAAGCGGAGGAAUGGCCGGAUGAAGAGGAACCCAGCCAGGCCUGCGAACUGUUUUCGUUGGCACAAAUCAAUAAACAGAAAGGAAAGAAAAAAUCAAACAGAGGGGCUGAUUCCGGUUCAGCGGGUCAUGGCCACACGAAGGACGGGAAACCAUCUUCCAAGGUCUGGCCAGCCUUAAGUGGAACUGACCAGGAACAUUGGACUUCAGAGCAAUAUGAAGGGCUUCUGAUUGAAACGGCCGCAUCGCUGGUUAAGGCAGCCAUCCAGUCGUCCAUCGAACAGCUGGUGAACGAAAUGGCGCUGGAGCAAAACAAACAGAACAGCUUCCUAUGAUCUUGGGUGUUCUUUGCCAUCCAAGCUGCUGCGAGGCAUCAGAUUUUGAGUGCCAAUAAAACUGUGUUAUUGAAAAUUAUUAGAAGGUUAACGUAGGCAAAGGCAUCACUUGGAUUUUUCUGUGCCUGCUGGCAAAACUGCUCAGUUCUGUUCCUGCAGUUAAUUCAGUAUUAACUCCACAGGAAGAAGGUUCCUGACAUAGUUAGACUCAGCAUGGGAAAACUGGAAUGUUCUGAUCUCGGGGAUAUUUGCAUUGUCUGUGACUAGCCUAAUUUUGCAUGUUGGUGAAAUGAAUGUACUGUAUGU